GGGAAGCUCAUAGAAUAAUAAUUGUCACCAUUUACGACUGCCAUCCGCAUCAACUCUUUUCCUCCGUUGUAAAUCAAAAGUUUUAUUCUUUUCUACCAUACAAUUAGAUUCUUUAUCUUCUGUAUUCUAUUUCUUAAUUCCCUAUUCUCUCCAUAAUAAAAAGCUAUGCUUUACGGCCAAAACUUACCGUGGCGGAUUGCGCUUCGAAAUGUAGCCAUUAAACAAAAUACAGAUGCAUCGAGUACGAUUUUGAGGAGGACAAUCGGACAGCAUCAUGUCAGAACCGCACAUUCUUUGGUCUCUCUGCGACCUGUUACGAUUCACCCAGCUCUGGGUGGCGUCUCAAGGUUUUCAACAUCUCCUUCUAGGCAAAAAGAUGUUCCGAAAGAUCUUUUCAAUCAAGCGGAAAUAACAGCAGAAGAUAAGAAGGAGAAAAAGGCGAAGUUGAAGACCGAAUUGGUUGAGGAAGUCAGUGGCGAGAAUGAAGUGGAGGCCAAGAGCAAGACAAACGAAGCAUCAUCCUCUAGUAGCAACAGUUCUUCUGGAAGUGCGAUUGAUGCAAAAGGAAGUAGUGCUGGGGGUGCGGGUGAUUCUGGCAGUGGUGAUGGCGGAAAGAAGGGCCGCAAAGGAAGUUCGGAAAAGGCUUUGCAAAAGGCUACGGUUCCAGAGGUGUAUCCACAAGUGAUGGCAAUUCCAAUAACCAAACGACCUCUAUUUCCUGGGUUCUAUAAGGCUGUCACCGUGCGAGAUCCCAGUGUUGUAGCUGCUAUACAGGAUAUGAUGAAGAGGGGUCAGCCAUAUAUUGGAGCUUUCUUGUUUAAGGACGACAACAUGGAUAAAGAUGUCAUUGAGAACAUAGAUGAUGUACAUGAUGUUGGAGUUUUUGCGCAAAUAACCAGCGCUUUUCCUGUCCAUGGGGAUGAUUCUGCUCUGACUGCGGUACUUUAUCCACAUCGUCGAAUCAAGAUGUCUGCUCUCAUCAGCCCCGAGCGUGAGGGCGCUGAUGCAAAGAAAACCGAAAGCACCCAAGCUGAGCCGCCUGUUCCUGAAAUCAUACCCGCAAAGUCUACCAAGGAGGAAAUUUCGGAGAAGAAGGGCGAUGUUGUAGCCAGCUUCGAGGAAGGGACAGUUGCGCAGAAAAGUGCGGAACGCCCCGUGCUGCCAUAUGAGCCAAUAUCGUUCCUACGCAAAUACCCUGUCAGUUUAGCAAACGUGGAAAAUUUGACGGAAGAGUCAUAUGAUCCCAAGAGCCCUAUAAUCCGUGCUGUCACAAAUGAGAUCGUAAAUGUGUUCAAGGAGGUGGCAACUCUUAACAGCCUCUUCCGAGACCAAAUUUCUACAUUCUCUAUGAGUCAAUCAUCGGGCAAUGUUAUGUCUGAGCCAGGGAAGCUUGCGGAUUUUGCUGCUGCCGUUUCUGCUGGUGAAGUCUCCGAGCUCCAAGAUGUACUUGAGACUCUCAAUAUCGAGGAAAGAUUACAGAAGGGUUUGACUGUCUUAAAGAAGGAGUUGAUGAAUGCUCAGCUACAAUCCAAAAUUUCUAAAGAUGUUGAGAACAAGAUUCAAAAGCGUCAACGCGAAUACUACCUGAUGGAACAAUUGAAAGGUAUUCGCAGAGAGCUUGGCAUCGAGUCUGACGGCAAAGACAAACUAGUUGAAAAAUUCAAGGAAAAGGCUGCUAAGCUUGCGAUGCCCGAGGUAGUCAGGAAAGUCUUUGAAGAAGAAAUCAACAAACUAGCACAUCUUGAACCGGCUGCGUCCGAGUUCAAUGUAACCCGAAAUUAUUUGGAUUGGUUGACACAAAUCCCUUGGGGUCAGCGCAGUGCAGAAAACUUCGGAAUCAACAACGCAAUGACUGUACUUGAUGAAGAUCAUCAUGGUUUGAAGGAUGUGAAAGAUCGUAUUUUAGAAUUCAUCGCGGUUGGAAAACUAAGAGGCACCGUGGAAGGUAAAAUCUUAUGUUUUGUUGGUCCUCCUGGUGUAGGUAAGACGAGUAUUGGCAAGAGCAUUGCCAGAGCUCUCAACCGUCAAUACUACAGAUUCAGUGUUGGAGGUCUUACAGAUGUUGCAGAGAUUAAAGGUCACAGAAGAACAUAUGUCGGAGCCCUUCCUGGACGAAUUAUUCAGGCGCUAAAGAAAUGCCAAACUGAAAAUCCAUUGAUCUUGAUUGAUGAGAUUGACAAAAUCGGACGAGGUCAUCAGGGUGAUCCAGCGUCUGCACUUUUGGAAUUACUGGAUCCCGAACAAAACACUUCUUUCCUCGACCAUUAUCUUGAUGUACCUGUGGACCUUUCUAAAGUUCUCUUCGUCUGCACUGCCAACAUGACUGACACUAUCCCUCGGCCUCUAUUGGAUCGUAUGGAAAUGAUCGAAUUAUCUGGGUACGUUGCAGACGAAAAAAUGGCGAUCGCGGAGCGCUAUCUUGGACCAGCAGCCAAGGAAUUGGCUGGGUUAAAGGAGGUUGAUGUCAACCUUAGUAAAGAAGCUAUCGAGGAAUUAAUUAAGUCUUACUGCCGAGAGUCUGGUGUUAGAAAUCUCAAAAAGCAAAUUGAGAAGGUUUAUCGCAAGUCUGCUUUGAAGAUUGUACAGGAUCUUGGGGAGAGCGUUCUCCCUGAAGAAGAGGCUUUGACUGAAGAAGGCAAGGCAGCGUUGGAAGAAUCUAAGAAAGAUCAGACGGAUGUAAAAGAAACCCCGGAAGCGAUUGAAAAAGAGACUACUGAAGUACCUCGAGUUAGUCUCAAGGUUCCUGAUGAUGUGCAUGUCACGAUUGGCAAGGACAACCUUAAGGAUUAUGUAGGUCCACCCGUUUUCACCUCAGAUCGCCUAUACGACGUUACCCCUCCAGGAGUCGCAAUGGGCUUGGCUUGGACACAGAUGGGUGGCGCUGCAUUAUACGUCGAGUCAAUUCUGGAGAGCGCUCUAUCACCAUCGUCCACCCCUGGCCUCGCUACUACUGGUAACCUUCAAGCCGUAAUGAAAGAAUCAACUACCAUCGCAUAUUCCUUCGCCAAGUCAGUCAUGGCGAAGAAUUUCCCAGAAAAUCAUUUCUUUGACAAAGCCAAGUUACAUCUUCAUUGUCCCGAAGGAGCGGUUCCAAAAGAUGGACCGUCAGCGGGUAUUACUAUGGCAUCAUCCUUACUUUCUCUCGCUUUGGAUCGUCCGCUAGAUCCUACGAUUGCCAUGACAGGUGAACUUACCGUUACCGGUAAGGUUCUGAGGAUUGGUGGGUUGAGGGAGAAGACCGUAGCCGCUAGACGAGCAGGCAGCAAAAUGAUCAUUUUCCCGGAUGACAAUAUGAGUGAUUGGUUGGAACUUCCUGCUGUAAGUACAUAUCAUUUAAAUCCUAUGUCCAAAUUGUAUUCUCUGUGGAGAUGAUUGCUAAUGAAUUAAAUAGAACAUCAAAGAUGGAAUUGAAGGAAAACCAGCAAAAUGGUAUUCUGACGUCUUUGACCUCGUAUUUCCAAAUCUGGAUAAAGAAGCAGCAAAUGGUCUCUGGAAAGAUCGAUUGACGAAAAAGAAGGGGGAUAAGGAGGAUGAGUGAGUUGCACUUAUGAAAAUGGCGAAUGAUGUAUAUAUUAGAAGAAGCUAGUGAUAACUUGGUUACAUUGGUGCAUGCAGCGAUCCAUGUUUUUCUUUAGCAUGAUGAUUGAUGAGUGGAGCCAUGGGCAUUUCUGGCGUUGGGGAUUGGAUUGGAUUGGAUGAAAGGAACUCCACUCUGCAAAUUUAUGUACGCAUCUAUGCAUGAGCAUAGCAUGGCAUGGCAUUUGAGUGGAAUGGUGACGAAGGGGGAUGGAUGGGAAGAAGGAUGUCGCUAGG